AUGUCGGCGCUCAGCAAUUUUUUGCCGCUAAUCGCGUUAUCGAUAAUCUCGCUUGUUGCCUAUCAAUUUGGGUUAAACCUGGGGAUAAAUCGCCGAGUGUACAACCAUGUGCCCGGUGAGUGUACAGUUGCCGGGGCUUUCGAGGAGGGUAUCGCUGGAAUGGAUACCACAGUUGAUGGGAUUGUUCUAAUCAGCACGGGCCAAGACCUGGAAAAUCGCACGGCCCCCACUCGAGCGGGCAGUAUUUUUGGGCUGUCAACGGACAACAAAAGUUCAUGGGAGUUGACCCGGAUUGGUGGGCCCGAGAAGCUGAAUCCGGGCCCGAUUUCGCUGUCUUACCAGCAGAAGCGGCAGCAAAAAGACCAAAAGCUUUUCCUCAUCAAUUAUCGAAAGCGUGGCGACAGCGUGGAACGAUACAAGGUGCACACGGGCUUGAAGGUUUUGCAGCACGAGGCUACGGUCAGAAGCCCCCAUUUUGCCGAGCUGUUCGCCUGGGAGACUGGCCAGGUUUUGUUUUACGACGGGGCGACGACACGGAUCGUUGACGCGACGAUUUCUUCGCCCGCCGGCAUCGCUUUUGAUUUGAUGAGAAGAUACCUUUACGUGGCUUCCCAUCUCACCGAGCAAAUUGUCAUCUAUCAAGUGCUGGUCAACUACGAACUCCAGAAAUUGAAGUCAAUUUCGCUGAAAACGAUGCCGUAUUCGCUGUGGGUUGACGUUGAUGGGACGCUUGUUACGACGGCCCAUCCGAUAAAGAUAAGGCAUUUCUACCAGGAAAGCAACCCUCAGGAGAUUCACGCACCGACGCAGAUUUUGCGGGUUCAUCCGAGGCCCCGGUCGAAUCAAACAACGUCAGGACUACAAAACAGUUCG